AAACUCAAUCAUUAGAUUGUUUGGGCCAUGGAAAGAGAUCGAUAUCAUUAAAUUUAAAAUCUGAAGAGGGCAUUAAUAUUUUCAAAAAAUUAAGUGGCCGAAGCGACGUUAUCAUUGAUACAUACAGGAGAGGAGUCAUGGAAAAAUUGAAGAUUGGACCAAAUGAACUUCUGGCAACAAAUAAAAAAUUGAUAUAUGCUAGAUUAACUGGAUAUGGUCAAAAUGGCUCUUUUGCAAAUAUGGCUGGUCAUGAUAUAAAUUAUUUAGGUUUAUCUGGAUUACUGUCUUUAUUUGGUCGAUAUAAUGAAAAACCUAUACCACCCAUUAAUCUGGCUGCUGAUUUUGGUGGCGGCGGUUUGAUGUGCGCUUUUGGAAUAAUCUUGGCAUUGUAUGAGCGAACUAAGAGCAAUGUCGGACAGGUGAUAGAUGCAUCAAUGGUAGAGGGAUCAGCAUAUUUAGGGUCCUGGUUAUUCAGAUCUCAAAAAAUGGGUAUAUGGGAAAAUCCACGUGGCAAAAAUCUUCUUGACACAGGAUCACACUUUUACGAUACAUACGAGACGAAGGAUAAGCUUUUCAUGUGCGUUGGAGCAAUCGAACCACAGUUUUAUGAAAUCUUUCUAGAAAAACUUGGUCUCUCAAGCGACGAGAUACCACAGUACAAAAAUUUUGAAGAAAAUCGUCGUAAAAUCACGGAAAUUUUCAAGACAAAGACUCAAGCGGAGUGGUGCGCUAUAUUUGACGGCACUGAUGCAUGCGUGACACCAGUGCUAAAUUUGAAAGACGUCAUGUUACAUAUUCACAAUAAGCAGAGGCAGACAUUUACGAUUGUAGGAAACAAUUUAUUUCCAAAUCCUGCGCCUCGUUUAUCUCGAACGCCCGGAAUUUCUCUUGGAGUUCAAAGAAAUCCACAAGUCGGUGAAAACACUAUACAAGUUUUAACUGAAUUAAAAUUUCAACCUAAUGAAAUUGAUUAUCUAUUGUCAAAUGGGAUUGCUUAUCAAUCGAAGCAUAUUUCUAAACUUUAAACCUAUCAGAUUUAUUGAUGUACAUACAAAAUGUUGUAUCUAUCGUGACAAUUAAUCGUUUUCAGAAAUGAGCAUGCUUCACAACAUUCUAGCAUAUACGCGAAAUAAAAUAGAUACAUUAUUCUGAAAAUCAACUCGAUUCUCACCAAGGAUCGACUUUCGUUUUUUCCAUUUUUAUUGAUUUUCUUCACACUUCGCAUGUUAACUAACGAAUCACUCUGCAUCGAUAUAUGGGAACACGGAAGCAAAGAGCACAACAAUAUAUUAAAAUAUAUGUAUGUACUUUUUUGUAAAAAGUAAUAAAAUUAUUUCCAGCA